CAAACCUUCCAGACCACCUUCUAGAAAUCUCCCCAGAACCUCCAUCAGCCUCCACCAUGGUCAACUCCUGUUGUGGAUCUGUGUGCUCUGAGCAGAGCUGUGGAGAGAGCUGCUGCUGCCGCCCCAGCUGCUGUGUGUCCAGCUGCUGCAGGCCCCAGUGCUGCCAGUCUGUGUGCUGCCAGCCCACCUGCUGUCGCCCCUCCUGCUGCAUCUCCAGUUGCUGCAGGCCCAGCUGCUGUGUGUCCAGCUGCUGCCGCCCCACCUGCUGCCCCUCUAGCUGCUGCCGCCCCUCCUGCUGCCGCCCCUCCUGCUGCAUCUCCAGUUGCUGCAGGCCCAGCUGCUGUGUGUCCAGCUGCUGCCGCCCCACCUGCUGCCCAUCUAGCUGCUGCCGCCCCUCCAGCUGUGGCUCCAGCUGCUGCAGGCCCUCCUGCUGUAGCUCUAGCUGUUGCCACCCCACCUGCUGCCCCUCUAGCUGCUGCAGGCCCACUUGCUGCAUCUCUAGCUGCUGCUGCCCCUCUUGCUGUGGCUCCAGCUGCUGCCGUCCUUCCUGCUGUGGCUCUAGUUGCUUCAGACCUACCUGCUGCAUCUCUAGCUGCUGCCGCCCUGUCUGCUGCCAGACCACCUGCUGCAAGACCACCUGCUGCCGCCCAGCCUGCUCCAGUGCUUCUUGCUGCUGAAUGACCACGUGUGCACCAUCUGUUUUUCGUUAACCAGUGUUUUCUGAUAUAGUCCAGUGGUUAUCUGGUAAAUGCGCAUUGUAAAACAUCACUCCUUAAUGGUCUUAAGCUGGUUUGUCUCUAAAUAUAUUAUACUAUAGCCCUCUCCAUAUUACUGUAUCUCUCCCUAAUGAUGCCAAUGUUGAAUUUUCACUGAAGUAUUCAACCAUGACAUCAUUCAAUUUUAUAUAUUUGUCCCCUCUAAAUAUUUCUCAUAUGAAAUUGUUCUUAAACUUAAAUAAAUCUUAAUUUUCAGGCAAAAAAAUAAAA